AUGAGUACUCACGAGGAAGAGACCAUAGUCUGUCUGCCAGGAGAGCGUCUCUGCAGGACCGAGGACAACAUAGUCCUGGGCAUAGGCACAUACGAACAAAACGGCUAUAUCUACGCCUCCAAGUCGGGAAUCGUGAGCAUCGAGGAGUCGGGUGAAAACUGCCAGGUGGUCAGUGUACAUAAACCCGGCUUCCAUCUGACCAUCCCAGCCACCGGAGACGUGGUCACAGCCAGAGUUCUGGUCACAACUCCCAAAUUCGUCAAGUGCGCCAUUUUCUGUGUGCGGAAUGUCCUGCUGGAGAGCAGCUACCGCGGACUCCUGCGCAAGGAGGAUGUCCGGGAGACGGAAAAGGAUCGCGUGGACAUAUACAAGUCCUUCAAGCCGGGCGAUGUCAUCCUGGCCAGAGUCAUUAACCAACUGGAUCAGUCCUUCCUCCUGACCACCGCUGAAAAUGAACUCGGCGUGGUCAUCGCCUACGCCAGCGAUUCCCGGAAGACCCGGGUGCCCAUGGUUCCGGUCGGCUGGAGCGAAAUGCAGUGCCCCCAGACCACGAUUAAGGAGCCCCGCAAAGUGGCUAAAGUCCUGCCAGAGAGUUCAAUUAACGCUGUGAAAUAAAGCCAAUCGAAUGGUAAUCAAA